AUGACAAAAGUAUUUUUAAGUGGAGGUAGUGGAUUUUUAGGAUCAAAUUUAGUUAAAACAUUAUUAAAAUCACCAUCAAAUUAUGAAUUAGUAACAUCGGUCAGAUCAGAUUCAAAAGGAACAAAUUUACUUGAUAAUUUGGAAAAUGCUCAAAUCCCAACUGAUAGAAUUUCAUAUGAAGUAGUAGAAGAUGUUGGUGCCCCAAAUGCAUUUGAUGAAAUUUUGAAAAAACAUAAAGAUACAAAUGUAUUUUUACAUACUGCAGCUCCAUUUCAUUUCAAAUCUAAAGAUGUUGAUAACGAUAUUAUAAAACCAGCAGUAAAUGGAUUAAAUAACGCUUUAAAUGCUAUUGAAAAUUACGGAUCAAAUGUUAAAAGAUUUUUACUUACUUCAUCUAUUGCAAGUGCUGGAGUAGCAAAUAAAAGAACAGGAGAAGAUCAUGAAUUUAAUGAAAAAUCAUGGAAUGAAUUACAACAUAAAGAUGUUAAAAACCCAUUAUUAGCUUAUUAUUAUUCAAAAUUAGAACCAGAAAGAUUACUUUGGAAAUAUGUUAAGGAAAAAAAACCAAAUUUUCAAGCUACAACGGUAUUACCAGCAAUGAUAUUUGGACCACAAGCUUUUCCAAUAGGUGAUAAAAAGGAAUUAAAUACAUCUUCUGAAGUUAUUAAUAAAAUUUUGAAAUUACAACCAUGUUCAAAAUUACCACCUGGUGAAGGAUUAUUUAUUGAUGUAAGAGAUGUUUGUAAAUCCAUAUUAAAAGGUUUUGAAGAUGAAAAUACUGCAAAUAAAAGAUUAUUAUUAUUUUCUGGUUCUUAUAAUACUCAAAAAAUUUUAGAUAUUAUAAGAGAUAAUUUUAUGGAAGCUGGAUUACUGUUGCCUGUUGGUAAUCCUGAAAAUGCUAAUAAAGAAGAUCCUACUUUAAAAGUUUGGAAUAAUGAUGAAACUAGAAAAAUUUUAGAUUUUAAAUUUAUUGAUUUGGAAAAAUCUGUUGAAGAUUCUGUUGAACAAAUUUUAGAUGUUAAAAAUGAUAAAUAA